CGCACAUCCUACGUUGUCGCAUCUACGACUUGGGAUCCUCUCAGCGAACAUUCCACAACUUCCAUCAUGGCGAGACCACGGACCGAUGCGCCUCCCAUGAGGGACUCGCCCUUACGCGCUGUCCAAGUUGAGGCUUUGGCGGUCAUGAAGAUCAUAAAGCACUCAUCGCAGCAACAUCCGACCAUUGCUACCGGUGCAUUAGUCGGCCUGGACGUGAACGGGGUCCUGCAGAUCACAAAUUGCUUCACCUUCCCGACCGUGAACGCUCCAGCGGACGGCCAGCAAGAUUCCGCCUCCUCACUUGCCACGGCGGCACCACGCGCGAAGGCGAACACGGGAUACCAGAAUGAGAUGAUUCGGCUCUUCAAGGAGGUCAACGUCGAUGCGAACAAUGCCGGAUGGUAUAUGAGCACGACCAUGGGCAACUUCAUCUCCCAGAACACGAUCGAGAACCAGUUCUUCUACCAGAAGGAGAUAAACGAGAAGACCGUGGCCCUCGUCCAUGACGUGGGCCGGAGCUCGCAGGGUGCUUUGAGCCUGAAGGCUUUCAGGCUAUCUUCCACAUUCAUGACCGCAUACCGGGAAGGGAAGUUCACGGUUGAGAGUCUUCAAAAAUCCAAUCUCCGUUACCAGGACAUCCUCGUCGAACUCCCGGUUACCAUCCACAACUCUCACCUCAUCACUUCUCUCCUUCACCAGCUCCCUGCCCCCGUACCGACCGAGGAACUCUCCAUACCCCCCACUCUUGAUGCCCUCCAAGCCAAUGCUCCUGCCGGACCCCUCGCCCCUAACUUCGCCGCCCUCGACCUCAGCAUCGACCCGUUCCUUGAAAAAACAUCCGACCUCCUCCUGGAAUCCAUCGAAACACACCACACCGAGCUCAACAACCACCAGUACUACCAGCGAUCCUUGGCCCGGGAGCAGAGCAAGAUCACCGCCUGGCAGGCGAAGCGAAAAGCAGAGAAUGCGGCACGCGUUGCGGCGAAGCAGGCGCCGUUGCCUGAAGACGAGUGGCAGCGACUGUUCAAGCUGCCAGUUGAGCCGAGCCGUUUGGAGAUCAUGGUGAAUUCGAGGCAGAUCGAGCAGUAUGCCAGGCAGGUGGAUGGGUUUGCAGCGGGCGCGAGUGCGAAGAUGUUCGCGGUGCGGGGCAACCUGAUCCCCGAGGCUGAUAAUCGGGACUGAAUGGUCAAUGGCAAAGGAAGAACAGCCGGCGAUUUCUUCUGAUGGCAUCGGAAACGGCGUAAGGUAUUCGUUGUAUGUCACGAACAUUAGGGACGAGCGUGGAGCAUGCUCGAGACCCGAUGGGGAUGAGGCACGCUAUAGACUUGAAUGAGCACAAUAAAAAAGCUGCUACGCGUGAUAUUCACACUUCUACCCAAUGUCGCUCGCAAAGUGAUGCAAUACCCACCGCGAAUCUCGAAGCUGG